AUGCCGUGGGGCUCCUUCCUGCCCGUGUCCGUCCGGGUCUGCGUGUCGGCGCCUCCUCCGCCUCCCACCUUCGCGCCGAUUGUGGUGCCGCCCUCGACCCUGGUGGCAGACCUCGGAAAGACUUGUGGCGACGCCUCCCUCCCAGAGGGCAAGGUCACCUUCAUCGUCGGCGAUGACGAGGAGCGCCUCGAAAGCGUGAGCAAGAACGUGCUUCGCAUUCGGUCCGUGUUCUUUCGGACCAUGUUCGGCAUCGGCAUGAAGGAGCGCGACGCCGCCGAGGUCACGGUGUCCAACACCGACCUCGCCACCUUCACCGCCCUCGUCCGCUACCUCUGCACCGACCAGCUCGACCUCGGCGAGGAGGAGGGCGGCAGAGCGCAGCGCGCGCUCGACCUGCGGGAGCUGGCGCAGAUGUACCAGGUGCGGCGCCUCGAGCUGCUCUGCGCGCAGGCGCUGCAGGAGAGCGUGGGGCCGGCGACCGCCGUGCCGCUGCUCGAGGCGGCGCACACGCUGGGCGACGGGCGGCUCCUCGCGCAGUGCCGCCGCUACGUGGCCGACAACGCCGCCGAGGUGCGGGCGAGCGGCGGCGUGGAGCAGCUGCGCGACCUCGGCGUGGCCAAGGGGCUGCUCGGCGACGCGCUCGACCAGGUGGCGGAGCUGAAGGGGACGGUGGCGGCGCUCAAGGGGAACCGCACGCAGGGCUGA